CUCUCUCUUCUGGUCUCCUCCUCCUCUCCCCCGUCGCUCUCUCUCUUGUUCCCCUCUCACACGCUUGACGCGGCCCAUAGGAAGGGGGGGAGGAGGAGGAGGAGGAGGUGGCGACCGACCGCCGGAUUGGACCGCCUCCGCGACGACCGCCGCUGAACCCAUCGCCGAUCCAUGGAGGGAGCAGCCGCCGCCGCCGGCGGCGGGGAGAUGCUAUCCCCAGGUGAGGCGGACUGGCCUCCCGAGCUGCGGCUCCCACCGCCGCCCCCGCCCUCCGCCGCAUCGGAGGGGGAGCCGCCGCCCGCGCGGGCCGCGGUGGGGAUGGAUGACUCGCAGUUCCUCGGAUCGAUCAUCGGCUUGCCCGCCCAGCCGCCGCAGGCCACGGCCGAGGCGCUCGCGGUGGUCGGGGUCAAGAGGAGGAGAGGGAGGCCGCCGAAGAAGAGGGACGGGGCGGCGGCGGCGACGGCGGUUGUUCCCGCGGCGAGGCCUGCGAGGAGGAGGGAGGACGAGGAGGAGGUCGUCUGCUUCAUCUGCUUCGACGGGGGCAACCUCGUCGUGUGCGAUCGGAGGGGAUGCCCUAAGGUCUACCAUCCGGCCUGCAUCAAGCGCGAUGAGGCAUUCUUCCAAUCUCGCAGCAAGUGGAAUUGCGGUUGGCACAUAUGCAGCAGCUGUGAAAAGGCAGUGCACUACAUGUGCUAUACGUGUACAUACUCCCUUUGCAAAGUAUGCAUCAAGCAAGGUAAAUUUUUCAGUGUCAGGGGGACCAAGGGCUUCUGCGAUACCUGUUAUUCAACUAUACUGUUGAUAGAAUCCAAAGAUGAAGGUGAUACAAAGAUUGUUGUUGAUUUUGAUGAUCAAAAUAGUUGGGAAUACCUGUUCAAGCUAUAUUGGGUGGAUCUGAAAGGGAAGCUUUCAUUAACAUUGGAAGAACUAACUAGCGCCAAGGCUCGAUGGAAUGCACCUACUACUUACACUAGGAAAGAAAAGGAUGAGUCAUCUGAUGACCUUUAUGAUGCUAAUAAUGACGAUGAUGCUGGUUCUGACUGCUCCUCAGGAAAGCGAAAGAGAAAUUCUUCGAGAAAAAAGGGUCGAAAACGUCGGAAACCAAAUUCUGAUUGUAGCAUUGCCACAAAAAAGGUUGAGACUGUUACUAGAGAUGAUGGAACCCUGCCCAACAAGGUACCAACUGAAGAGGCGUCCUUGCCGGUAGACACCAAAUGGGCUUCGCCAGAGCUACUGGAGUUUGUAGGGCACAUGAGAGAUGGCGAUCAAUCUUUUAUUUCCCAGUUUGAUGUUCAGGCUCUUUUGCUUGACUAUAUAAAACAGAACAACCUCCGUGACCCUCAAAGAAAGAGUCAAAUUAUCUGUGACUCAAGGCUUCACCGUUUAUUCAGGAAAACACGCGUCGCUCAUUUUGAGAUGUUGAAGCUUUUGGAGAUGCACUUUAUUGUAAGUGAGCCUUCUGCAGUAAAUGAUGGUAGCCAAGGGAUUAUCAAUCCUGAUUCAGCUCAAAUAGAUCAUGCCAGUGGAUAUAAUGACAUGGCAGCAAAGUUCUCUCCUGAUAGGAGACGAAGGAUGCAUAGAAAGAUGGAAAGAGAACCACAGGCUAAUCCUGAAGAUUACGCAGCAAUUGAUAUGCAUAAUAUUAACCUAAUUUACCUGCGCCGUAGCUUGAUGGAGGAUCUUAUUGAUGAUCCCACAUUGUCAGACAAAAUUUCUGGUGCUUUUGUCAGGAUAAGAAUUUCGGGACUUGGUCAGAAGCAAGAUAUGUAUCGUCUGGUGAAAGUUGUCGGGACACAUAAGGUUUCAGAAAAAUACAGCAUCGGGAAGAAGAUGACAAAUUUUGCACUUGAGAUAAUGAACUUAAACAAAAAGGAGAUUAUCACGAUGGACACAGUAUCAAAUCAGGAUUUUACAGAGGAGGAAUGCAAGCGCCUAAGGCAGAGCAUGAAGUAUGAUCUAAUUAGCCGACUGAAAGUGGGUGAUAUCCAAGAGAAAGCCAAGAUCUUCCAAUUUGUAAGAGUGAAUGAUUGGUUUGAAAACGAAAAGCAGAAGCUGUGCCAUCUUCGUGACCGUGCAAGUGAAACUGGGCGUAGAAAGGAGCUUAGAGAAUGUGUGGAAAAGCUUCAGCUUCUCAACACUCCUGAGGAAAGAGCACGCAGAAUUAAUGAAGUUCUUGACGUGCAUGUUGACUCGCAUAUGGAUCCUGAUUAUGAAUCUGAUGAUGAAUUUGGCAACAAGAAAGCUGUUGAACGUAGUGUAAAUUGGGCAAGAUCAGAUCCGUUCGUUUCACCCGUUAAAGUUAAAUAUUCGAACAGUUCACAAAAGAAUGGUGAUGCUACCCGCCAUCUCAAAAACCUGUCUAAACAAAAUACAGAGCGUAAAUCAGGAGCAGCAAGAAACUUUGAGAAUUCCCAUUCACCAGUUGGUAUGGAUAUUCCAAAAUCUGGCACUAAUGUAAAGAGUACCAGGUGUGAAACUACGUCACCUUCAUCUCAUGGGGUUGUAUCAAGUGACAUGGAACCAGAAAAAGUCUGGCACUACAAGGAUCCUUCUGGAAAUGUUCAGGGCCCAUUUACUCUUGUGCAGCUAUCCAAAUGGACAAGUUACUUCCCACGUGAUAUGAGAGUAUGGCUUACAUUUGAGAGUGAAGAGAGAUCAUUGCUGUUGACUGAAGUGCUCUCAAAGCAACCAAAAGAUUUUGGUCAACCUGCAUCUGUUACUACAAGUAGUAAGUCGACAGUAGCAGACACUGGACAAAACAGAAACACUGAAAUUGUUGAUCUCAACAAAGCUCCUUCUCCUGUUGGUUAUAGUAUGCUUAAUUCUUUUGAAACCACUGUUCAGUCUACUAAGCAUUCUGCUCCAGAAAGGGAAAGCGUGAACUCUUUAGAUGACAGGUUAUCACACUCGACUGACUCAGUUCCACCAAAGGACGCUAACGCUUCAAAUAGUCAAGCAAUGUGUCAGAUCAAGCAUUCAGGCUCUCUUCCAUCUCCUGGAAGUCCACAUCAACGAUCAGACUUGCACCAUGAUGAAGUACAGGGAGGACGCUCUGGUGAAUGGAACAAUCAACACAACAGUGAACUGUGGAGUCCAUCCAUGCCGCAGACAAGUUCUAGUGCACACAGUAACGUGGAAUCUCAUCACGAUCAUUAUCCUUCGUGGUCACAGGUUCAACAUGAUCCUAAAAAUAGUUUACAAGCAGGUUCUGGGAAGGAUCUGAAUUCGAGGUAUGAUAUUGCGCAGAAACUUCCUAGUCAACGGAUCACGAGAGAUGUUCCCAGCCCUGUAUUUGCCUGGAGUCCAUCUGAGUCCAGGACUGCUUCCAGUCAACAUGAAGGUUCUUGCUUGAGUUCAACAACCAAUCUAUGCACUCAUGAUGAACUUCAUUCUUCAAUUGCUUCUGCAAAGGCUAAAAGCUUUGCUCCAGCAACUCCUGUUGAAGACAGAGGUUCAAGCUCACCCUCUGGUAUGCUGAGUCUCUCGGAAAGAGCACCAAUCUGCAGUCCACAGUCAGCUCCUUCUGCGUCUGCUUCUGAUACAUGCAAGAUGGAGGAGAACAUGAAUCAACAAAAAACACUUGAAGCUGAUAUAUCAAACACGUCAGUUAAUCAGUCUCCACAGUCUAAGAUUCUCCCUGAAUCUUCUCCUGAUAACCAAGAUGCUGAACAUGAAUAUCGUAGUCCACCUCCAAUAUCUGAGAGUAAAGAGUUAUCCCCACAGUCAAGGACUACCCCUGGAUCUUCUCCUGAUAACCAAGAUACUGAACGUGAAUAUCCUAGCCCGCCUCCAAUAUCUGGGAGUAAAGAGAUAUCCCCACAGUCAAGGACUAUCCUUGAAUCUUCUCCUGAUAACCAAGAUAAUGGACAUGAAUAUCCUAGUCCACCUCCGAUACCGGAGAGUAUAGAGCUAUCUCCGCAUUCUAAGGCUCUCCCUGAAUCUUCUCCUGAUAACCAAGAUAUUGAACCUGAAUGCCCUAGUCCACCUCAAAUACCCGAGAGUAAAGAGCUAUCUCGGCAGUCUAAGAUUCUCCCUGAAUCAUCUCCUGGUAACCAAGAUAUUGAACCUGAAUGCCCUAGUCCACCGCAAAUACCUGAGAGUAAAGAGCUAUCUCAGCAGUCUAAGAUUCUCCCUGAAUCCUCUCCUGAUAACCACGAUAUUAAAUGUGAAUAUUCCAGUCCAACUCCGAUACCCGAGAGUAAAGAGCUAUCUCUGCAGUCUAAGAUUCUCCCUGAAUCUUCUUCUGAUAACCAAGAUAUUAAGUGUGAAGAUCCUAGCCCAACUCCGAUAUCUAAGAGUAAAGAGGUGUCUCCGCAAUCUAAGAUUCUCUCUGAAUCUUAUCUUGAUAACCAAGAUGUUGAACGUGAGUGUCCUAGUUCCAUUCUGAUAACUGAGAGUAAAGAGCUUGCUGUGGACCUCCCUGGAUCAAUAUCAUUAGCACCUGAAAAAACAGCUUCUACUGAUGUAGGUGAAAACUCUUCACUUGCUUUUAUUUUUCCAAAAUCUACUCUGGCUGGGGAUGAUGCUUUGAAAUCAGUAUUUGAUAUGGCAAAGGCGCAUUUAGAAUGUGAAGAUUCAAAGGUUAAAGAAGAACUGUAUGUUGAAUCAACUGUUGUUAUAAGAGAUGACAUGGUUGUUAAUCCUGCCUCUGGAGUUGAGUCCAUAGACAUGUCUGAAAAUCUCUUGGAAUCUUUGAUGGAGCAAAGUUGUGGAACUUUUUACAUGGAUGGUACAACAGCCUUAGAAGGUUUUCUGUCUGGUUCAACGAAGGAAGAACCGCAAUGUUCUAGCCCCAUUGCUUUAUCCACAUGCUCUAGCCCCAUUGCAUUAUCCCCUUGGGGUGAACAUGGCUACUAUCAAGGAGAUUCUGUUGGUUCUUCUUUAUGGGGUGUCCAGGACGAUGAUCCAAUCGGUAAUAUUUGGCCAUUAUCCUCACAAGCACCGGCUCUCCAGUAUUCAUCUGCAGGUAGCACUGCUCAUUUUAUUGAUGAAGCAACUGUCACCCAUGGAAAUAAUGGAGUUGUUCUAAGUAGCACGCCAGGGGAGGAGGUGGGUUUACCAAACUCAGGUGUUUGCACAGAUUGGGGAUUGGUUGAGCAGGUGAAUCCAGAAACAAAUGAUGCAUCGGUAUCAAUGAUAGACAAGAACUCAGGAUUAGUAGAUUCUCAACCAUCAGCAAAUGAUGGCUCAGAUGUGGGUACUGCACGGAACACUAACCAUAAUACUAACUUGUCCCUCAACCAUGAAACAGCGGUACCCUUGAGUAGAAGUUCUGGAGAAGCAUCAAGAAAACACGGAUUUAUUACUGACUUGAAUGUUGCUACUUCAGAGGAGGCGUUAGGGAACACCAAGAACUGGAAUCCAUAUGCUGGUAAUGCUAAUCGGGGCAGCCAGCGGAAUCAUCACCGUGACAGGUACUCUCAAAUAAGCGAAUCUUGGCUUCUUAGCUCAAACUACUCUAGGAGUAGGUCUGAUGGAUUUGGCACUGGUGGAUCGUCGAGAUCAACCCCAAGGGGACAAACUCAGAGGGGGAUAUGUAAAUUUCAUGAGAAUGGCUACUGCAGGAAGGGUGCAUCUUGUAACUACCUGCACCCCUGAUCUCUGCAAUAGAUAACGAGGGUUUGCAUUCUUUGCCCAUAUCUUUUGACUUUUUUGUAUAGCCUAAUUACAGUGGUAGUCAACAUAGAGCCUACACAACCUUUUCUUGGUUUCAUUCAACCGUAGCAAGGACGGAGUAUAUGUCUAGCUCUAGCAUAGGAGGAUGACUGAAUGUACUGCCCAAGCAGAUUCCACUCUUUUGGGGACACGGCCUAUUUUCGUUUUGCUUGGUUCAAUUGAACUGCAUCUGUGUAUCCCUAUCCCUAUUGUUCCCCGCUUUUGUUUCUUCGAGGCCUGAGGCCUGACCCGCAUCCGCCAGAUGUAUCGGAAAAUAGCGAUAUGUAACCCAUCGGUUUAGUUUCUGAUUUGUCUUAUGUUGACAGAAUGUAUUCGGUAUUAGUACACUGGGUUAGGAUAGUUAUUUAGCAUUUUGACUAGUUAUAAAUGAUACUACUACUUAACAGUAUACAUGAUGUGAUUGUGAUAUUAACAUGCUGAUACUGUGCACCGAAAUUUGGUAGAGGAUGGCUUGUCGAAGGUCAGAUAUACAACAGUACAAGUUAGGCAGCUGAUUACUGAAUUUGUAUUAAGGGACUUGUGGAAUAGUUUAUCGGUUGUCGUCAUUACUCCUGUAUCCAGUGUCCAUUUCGUGGCUCUCUUGUAGCCAGAUCCAUUUUGUGUCUCUCCUGUAUCCAUUUCCAUUCUCAAUGGACAGUUGUGCGGCAACGUACCACUGCUGUACUAUUUUGUUUU